AUGAAACCCAAAUCGGUUCUCAAGCACUGGAACUUGUUUUUCUCUUCAAAGAGGCGUAAAAGGUGGCCGGCCACUGCAGCACCUUCACCGAAAUCGUCCUUGAAAAAGAAAGCGGAGUCAUGUUUCAAGUGCUUAAAGAGCCGUAAAAAGUGGCCGGCCACUGCACCAUCUUCACCGAAAUCGUCUCGAUCUGCUUCCCCAACAUCUGCUCAGCAAGCAACUCAGCCAACAUCUCAGCCACCGCCUUCUCCACUCACCUCGACAGAUGCCGAAACCUCACCACUGCCGAGUCUACAAGAGCGAAUUUGGAACCAAGCCUACGAUAAGCUCAAAGAGAACGAGCCCAAACUGGUUGGGGUAUACGAGAAGAUCUUAUCAGCUAAGCUACACGGAGACGACCCGAGCUCUGCUACUCGCGAAUCAACAGAUAACGAGAUAGGAGAGACUCCGAGGACACGAUGUGGCCAAAUGCAACAGCUGGUUCAGGCUGGACUGGACCGGACGCAGAAGCAAGCGUCUAUCAAGCAAGGCAUCGACGAAGGCCUGCAAGCGGUGCAGGAGGUCAGAAGAAUAGUGGACAAGGCGCUGCAUGCCGCUCCGGAAGCUGCUGUCGCCUGGGUCGGCGUCUGCCUCGGACUGGAGAUCCUCUCGAACCCCAUCGCCGAGGCACGCGAUAACCGCAAAGGCAUCGCCUACGUCCUGUCGAGAAUGGAGUGGUAUUGGAACUUGGUGUCACUACUUCUCGAUGAGAAUAAGAAAGAGCAAUCCUCUGCGGAACUGCGACGCCAAUUGGAGACGCACGUCGUGCAGCUAUACGAGAAACUUCUCUCGUAUCAGGUGAAGAGUGUCUGCCUUUACUACCGGAAUUGGGCUGCCAUCAUCGGAAGGGAUCUGUUCAAAAUCGACGAUUGGGCUGGCCAGCUCAGCGAGAUCAAGGAAGCCGAGGCUGCCGUGCAAAGAGACAUGGAGCAAUACAAUACCGGAGAGAGCAGAAUGCAACUUCGGAAACUCACCGACGCUGCGGGCGCUCUAGAGAUGAAUCUCCAAAACAUUCAUUCGGCCAUCAAAGGCGUACAUUCGGCCAUCAAAGGCGUACAUUCGGCCAUUGAAACGCAAACGCAACAUCAAGAGAAGCGGCACCAAGACGACGAGGCGAAGCAAUGCCUGAAAGACCUGCGCGAGACUGACCCUCGCGACGACAAAACGCGCAUCCAAGAGACAAAGGGCGGCCUGCUCAGGGACUCUUACCGCUGGAUCCUCGAUAACGACGACUUCCAGCAAUGGCGUGACAAUCCGCAGAGCCAGUUGCUCUGGAUCAAAGGUGACCCCGGUAAGGGCAAGACGAUGCUGCUAUGUGGUAUCAUCGACGAGCUGGAGAAGGAACCCGGCAAUCGCCUGUCUUAUUUCUUCUGCCAAGCCACUGAGGCAAGGCUGAGUAACGCGACUGCGGUGCUGCGCGGUCUGAUCUAUCUGCUAGUUGCCCAGCAACCAUCGCUCAUCCUGCAUAUUCGGGAGAAACACGACCAUGCGGGCAAGCAGCUUUUCGAGGACGGGAAUGCCUGGGAAGCCUUAUCCAAGAUCCUCAUGGCCAUGCUUAAUGACCCGGGCGUGGAUGGUGCGAUCCUGAUUGUUGAUGCCCUCGAUGAAUGCAAGACAAAUUGCCAUCAGCUUCUCGACUUCAUCACUAAACCUUCCCGCGUCAAGUGGAUCGUCUCUAGCCGUAACUGGCCGGACAUUGAGGAGAAACUGGACAAUUUGGAGCAGAAAGUCAGGCUGCGCCUUGAGUUGAACAAGGACUCAAUCUCCAAAGCUGUCAAUAACUACAUCGGAUACAAGGUGAAUCGACUGGCAGGUCUUAAGAAAUACGACAAGGAAACAGGAGACGCUGUUCAACGUCACUUGGUUGGCAAUGCCGAUGGCACCUUUCUUUGGGUCGCUUUGGUCUGUCAAGAGCUAGCAGAUCCCAAGGUCCGAAAACGCCAUACGCUCGACACAUUGAAGUCGUUCCCCCCAGGUCUUGAUCCUCUCUAUAAGCGAAUGGUGGAACAUAUGAGCGAUUCGAAAGAUGCAGAUCGUUGCAAAGAGAUCCUCGCUCUUGCUUCGGUCGUAUACCGACCCAUCACCCUAGACGAGUUAAAGGCUCUUGCCCAGUCGCUCGAAGAUCUCGACCAGGAUGAGUUGGAAGAAAUCAUCAAUUCCUGUGGUUCUUUUCUGACUCUUCGAAACGGCGUCAUCUACUUUGUGCAUCAAUCAGCCAAAGAUUUCCUGCUCAAGAACGUGUCAAAACAAAUCCUACCUUCUGGCAUUGCGCACCAGCACUAUGCCCUCUUCUCGAGGUCGCUAGGGGUCCUGUCGGAAACUCUUCGACGAAACAUCUACAGUCUCAACACGCCAGGAUUCUCCAUUGACCAGGUCUCAACGACUAAUCCCGACCCAUUAUCCCCAAUUCGAUAUUCAUGCGUCUACUGGGUAGACCAUCUUCACGACUCAAAUGUCGCAGAAGUCAACGACAUUCUGCGGGAUAACGGCAACGUCCAUGUAUUCAUCCAGAAGAAGUACUUGUAUUGGCUGGAAUGUCUUGGUCUGCUACGAAGCAUGUCGGAGGGAAUCAAGGCGGUACACAAGCUCGAGGCUUUAGUGAAAAUCGCGGGAGCGCAGAAACUGACAAAACUACUUCGAGAUGCGCGCCGAUUCAUUCUUUCUCAUGCUCGCGCCAUCGAGAUUGCUCCAUUGCAGGCUUAUGCGUCCGCACUCGUGUUCAGUCCUGAACACAGUCUCACCAGAGAGCUCUUUAAGAAGGAGGAGCCGGAUUGGAUGGUAUUGAAGCCAAGAAUGGAGGCAGAUUGGAACGCUUACGAGAAGACCCUUGAGGGCCAUGGCGAUUCGGUGACGUCGGUGGUGUUCUCGGCAGAUGGCCAGCGUCUUGCAUCUGGCUCAUAUGAUAAGACAGUCAAGAUCUGGGACGCGGCCACGGGCGUAUGCGAGCAGACCCUUGAGGGUCAUGGCGAUUGGGUGACAUCGGUGGUGUUCUCGGCAGAUGGCCAGCGUCUUGCAUCUGGCUCAAGUGAUAAGACAGUCAAGAUCUGGGACGCGGCCACGGGCGCAUGCGAGCAGACCCUCGAGGGCCAUGGCGAUUCGGUGACGUCGGUGGUGUUCUCGGCAGAUGGCCAGCGUCUUGCAUCUGGCUCAUAUGAUAAGACAGUCAAGAUCUGGGACGCAGCCACGGGCGCAUGCGAGCAGACCCUUGAGGGUCAUGGCCACUGGGUGAGCUCGGUGGUGUUCUCGGCAGAUGGCCAGCGUCUUGCAUCUGGCUCAUGUGAUAACACAGUCAAGAUCUGGGACGCGGCCACGGGCGCAUGCGAGCAGACCCUCAAGGGCCAUGGCGAUUCGGUGACGUCGGUGGUGUUCUCGGCAGAUGGCCAGCGUCUUGCAUCUGGCUCAUAUGAUAACACAGUCAAGAUCUGGGACGCGGCCACGGGCGCAUGCGAGCAGACCCUCAAGGGCCAUGGCGAUUCGGUGACGUCGGUGGUGUUCUCGGCAGAUGGCCAGCGUCUUGCAUCUGGCUCAUAUGAUAACACAGUCAAGAUCUGGGACGCGGCCACGGGCGUAUGCGAGCAGACCCUUGAGGGUCAUGGCGAUUCGGUGAGGUCGGUGGUGUUCUCGGCAGGUGGCCAGCGUCUUGCAUCUGGCUCAAGUGAUAAGACAGUCAAGAUCUGGGACGCGGCCACGGGCGCAUGCGAGCAGACCCUUGAGGGCCAUGGCGAUUCGGUGACGUCGGUGGUGUUCUCGGCAGAUGGCCAGCGUCUUGCAUCUGGUUCAUAUGAUAAGACAGUCAAGAUCUGGGACGCGGCCACGGGCGUAUGCGAGCAGACCCUUGAGGGUCAUGGCGAUUGGGUGACAUCGGUGGUGUUCUCGGCAGAUGGCCAGCGUCUUGCAUCUGGCUCAAGUGAUAAGACAGUCAAGAUCUGGGACGCGGCCACGGGCGCAUGCGAGCAGACCCUCAAGGGCCAUGGCGAUUCGGUGACGUCGGUGGUGUUCUCGGCAGAUGGCCAGCGUCUUGCAUCUGGCUCAUAUGAUAACACAGUCAAGAUCUGGGACGCGGCCACGGGCGCAUGCGAGCAGACCCUCAAGGGCCAUGGCGAUUCGGUGACGUCGGUGGUGUUCUCGGCAGUUGGCCAGCGUCUUGCAUCUGGCUCAUAUGAUAAGACAGUCAAGAUCUGGGACGCGGCCACGGGCGUAUGCGAGCAGACCCUUGAGGGUCAUGGCGAUUGGGUGACGUCGGUGGUGUUCUCGGCAGAUGGCCAGCGUCUUGCAUCUGGCUCAGAUGAUAACACAGUCAAGAUCUGGGACGCAGCCACGGGCGCAUGCGAGCAGACCCUCGAGGGCCAUGGCGAUUCGGUGACGUCGGUGGUGUUCUCGGCAGAUGGCCAGCGUCUUGCAUCUGGCUCAGAUGAUAACACAGUCAAGAUCUGGGACGCGGCCACGGGCGCAUGCGAGCAGACCCUCAAGGGCCAUGGCGAUUCGGUGACGUCGGUGGUGUUCUCGGCAGAUGGCCAGCGUCUUGCAUCUGGCUCAUAUGAUAAGACAGUCAAGAUCUGGGACGCAGCCACGGGCGCAUGCGAGCAGACCCUUGAGGGUCAUGGCCACUGGGUGAGCUCGGUGGUGUUCUCGGCAGAUGGCCAGCGUCUUGCAUCUGGCUCAAGUGAUAAGACAGUCAAGAUCUGGGACGCAGCCACGGGCGCAUGCGAGCAGACCCUUGAGGGUCAUGGCCACUGGGUGAGCUCGGUGGUGUUCUCGGCAGAUGGCCAGCGUCUUGCAUCUGGCUCAAGUGAUAACACAGUCAAGAUCUGGGACGCAGCCACGGGCGCAUGCGAGCAGACCCUCGAGGGCCAUGGCGAUUCGGUGAGGUCGGUGGUGUUCUCGGCAGAUGGCCAGCGUCUUGCAUCUGGCUCAUAUGAUAAGACAGUCAAGAUCUGGGACGCGGCCACGGGCGUAUGCGAGCAGACCCUUGAGGGCCAUGGCAGUUGGGUGACGUCGGUGGUGUUCUCGGCAGAUGGCCAGCGUCUUGCAUCUGGCUCAUUUGAUAAGACAGUCAAGAUCUGGGACGCGGCCACGGGCGCGUGCCUGCAGACGCUUAGCGUUAGCAGAGUGUUAUAUCACCUUUCAUUUGAUCCAAGGACAAAAUCUCUCCUCUAUACCGACAUUGGACUCCUAACCCUAUAUCACCCGGCUCUACCGCCUGCCGUUGAUGAUAGGUCGACUGAAAUAACCUUACGGGGUGUUCGCCAUUCUGGCUGGGGCAUAAGCACCAGCGGUGCAUGGAUUGUUCAAGAUGGAAAGGAGAUGCUUUGGCUACCUCCGGACUAUCGAGGGGUGGAAACCGUUGUUGCUGGAUCAACUGUCGCUAUCGGCUGUCGAUCAGGUCGUGUGCUAGUGAUGAAGUUCUCUUAA